GAGGGGUCGGUGAUCCCUCCGUGAAGCGCAGAGUAGUGACGAGGUGCAGAUGGGGGUGCGACGUCCAUCCGUGCGCCUUUAACUUUUUUUCCCCAGCUCUGUUUCUCCUUAGCAGAACUUCUUUGUGCCAACAGAGGAAACUCUCCAAUUCUGCCCUUCUGCUCACUGAGGGGCUCUUACUGGAUAUUCUCGUUGUUUGUCACACUGGGAGGACUGGGUCUAAUAAUUCUCCGAUUCAAAAUGAGAGCGUCGGAUGACAGAGGCGGCUGCUGGUAGAUCAGGUUGUUGUUGUUGUUGUUGUUGUUGUUGUUGUUGUUUUGGUCCGCGAUGCUCGGGGCGCAGGAGGAUGAGGCGCCUGCGGCGCAGAGCGCAGCUCAGCUCGGGACAGCGCUUUGCGGCGGCUCCACCAGCCUGGGGGGCGGUGUGGGCAGCGGCCUCGGCGACCUCCAGCAAUCUGCUUACUGCAAACUGGAGUUCAGGAGACACGCAGUGACAGAGGACUACAAGAUCACAUCACAAGUUCUCGGCCUGGGCAUCAAUGGGAAAGUGCUGGAGUGUUACUGCAAGAAAACGGGGGCAAAGUGUGCACUGAAGAUUCUAUAUGAUACUCCUAAAGCCAGACGAGAAGUUGAUCUGCACUGGCGAGUGUCCGGAGGACCCCACAUUGUACAGAUACUCAGCCUGUAUGAGAACAUGUACCAGGGGAAGAAGUGUUUGCUCAUUGUGAUGGAAUGCAUGGAGGGGGGGGAGCUGUUCAGCCGCAUCCAGGCCAGAGGGGAUCAGGCCUUCACAGAGAGAGAAGUGUCAGAGAUCAUGCAUGACAUUGGCUCAGCUAUUGAAUACCUGCACCGCAUGGACAUCGCUCACAGAGAUGUUAAGCCAGAAAACCUUCUUUACACCACCAGAGAGAGCAAUGCCACUCUGAAGCUGACAGACUUUGGCUUUGCUAAGGAGACCUCACUGCACAAGUCGCUGCAAACCCCCUGCUAUACCCCGUAUUACGUCGCACCAGAAGUGCUUGGACCAGAGAAAUACGACAAGUCAUGUGACAUGUGGUCUCUGGGGGUGAUCACAUACAUCUUACUGUGUGGGUUUCCUCCCUUCUACUCAAAUACAGGCCAGGCCAUCUCCCCAGGCAUGAAGCAGAGGAUCAGGCUGGGCCAGUAUGAGUUUCCUAACCCUGAGUGGGUUGAUGUUUCAGAGGAAGCAAAGCAGCUCAUCAUUCAGUUGCUGAAGACAAAUCCCAGUGAGAGGAUGACUAUUGGACAGUUCAUGAACCACCCCUGGAUCAGUCAAUCUAUGGUGGUCCCAUCAACCCCUCUCCACACCUCGCGGGUUUUGACCGAGGACAAAGAAUUGUGGGACAAUGUCAAGGAUGAAUUGACCAGCGCUUUGGCUACCAUGCGUGUGGACUACGACCAGGUGAAGAUCAAAGACUUGGACACGUCCAACAAUCCUCUGCUGAACAAGCGACGCAAGAAGCCGGUGCCUCCAGAAGCUGCACAGGCAGAAGCAGCUGACCAAGGGUGUACUAAUCACAAAGACGUUGCCGAAAAGGACAGAGAAAAUAUCACUGAACAAAAGUAGAGUAAAAGUAUCUGUAAGUACUCUUUUCUAUGCCAAUAUCAGAUAUUGUACAAUGUAAACGUGACUCUGCACCUAAAAGUUGGGAAUGCCAUUUAUUUUAUUAGUUGACCAAUUAAAACACAUUUUUCCCAUC